AUGCCUGUGGGACACCCAGCCAAGAGUGCUCGGAUUGAGCACACUCAAUUUGUACCACCCACGUUAACCACAGACAACGCCCCACUGUUGUGCCUUCGUACAGCAGGGAUUACCACUGAGGGUUGCACGAAUGUCAACACUUGCUAUAUUCCUGCAAGCACUAUUUCUCCCCCCAACUUAUCAAACAUUGGUUCCAAUGAAAGGAUGCUCUUCGGUGGUUGGGAUGAAUGCCCUGCAGAAUAUGAGGAGGGGUCAGCAGAAAUCAUUUGCGAACCGUCCUCUGACAAGCGGAAAUGCACUGCUGCGGAUGCACCGUUACUAGCCUGGAUCCCUGAGCGCCAGGUGUUUCUAGAUGAAACACUGCACCUCAAGGGUCGUGGAAAUGCAGGAGAUUUAUGUUAUUGUGGUCUGCCCGCACCCGUUUUCAGAUGUUGUGAUUGCUUUGGGAUGCGAAUGCUUUGCAACCAGUGUGUGCUUCACAGUCACAUGAGCAAUCCCUUACACAGGAUUGAUAUGUGGAGUAACUCGUAUUUCCAGCGCACCUCCCUGAAACAAAUCGGUCUCCGCAUGCAGUUAGGUCAUAAUCCAGGCGAGAUCUGCUACAACCCUCAUCCCUCUACCAGGGAUGACUUCAUUGUAAUUGACGUCCAUGGCAUUCAUGAGAUCGCGCUCAAUUUCUGUGGCUGUGCAAGCAGUCAGGUGCGCUAUAAACAACUACUUCAUGCUUGCUGGUAUCCAGCUACAACAUCAGAGCCUCAUACUGCUGUGACCUUUUGUCUACUCGAGCACUUCCAUCUCCUAUCAUUUGAGAGUAAGGUUUCCACAUAUGAAUUCUACCACUCCUUAGUGAGACAAAACAAUAAUGCAGGGUUGUUACCUAUAAGGGAUCACUACUCUGCGUUCAUGUGUAUCGUGCAUGAAUGGCGUCAUCUCAUGCAGAUUCAUCGCGUGGGACGAGGCCAUGAUCCUGCUGGUGUCAAUGCCACCGCUGCGGGUGAAUUAGCUGUGCAAUGCCCAGCAUGUCCGCACCCUGGGAAAAAUAUACCAGAGGGCUGGGAAGAUGCACCACUAACUGUUAGGUGGAAAUAUGUGUUGUUUAUUGCAAUUGAUGCGAACUUUAGGCUCAAACGGAAGGCAGUCUCAUCGGAUAACGUCAACCCCCAACCUCAAUUCUGGGUGGGCGUAUUUUGUCAAGGAGGCUGCAUACAAAUUGUACCUGGCAGAUCAAGCCAGUGUGAAACAAGAGUGCAGCAUGUGUCAACGGGUGUUGGGGCUGUGGACUGUGCUAGACACGACAUGAAGCUGGCAAACGGUGUCAGAGACUUGCAAAAGGGCGAGAAAUACGUCAAUAUGGAUUACCUCGUGUUCUCGUCACUCUUGGCCUUCACAGUCACGAUUAUCAAUAUUUUGUACGGCAUUGCGUGCCAAUGGCAUAAGAAGCUUUGGGUGCAAAUGGAAGCCAUGCCGUCAAGAUUACACAUUCCUCACCACUCCAUGACCGUCCGGUUCUUCGUUCCAAAAUUCCACCUGAAAGCACACAUAGAUGAGUCUCCAGAGCGAGGAUGGUCAAAUAUAAACCGUGUUGCUUCAAGUACCAAAGAGAUGGGUCCAGGAUUGCGUCAGGAUACCCUCAAUGACCAUUUCGGGGAUUGGAACUGGAAGAAAAUCAUGGUGCCAAACACUCCUGCUGCAAGAUUCAUGAAGCUGUCAAGUGGAAAAAGGAACACAGGGAAGCAGCUCGCAGAGCUCGAGAAUACCAUCCAGCCUACUCUCAUCAUUCAGUGGAGGAAGGAAGUAGAAGCCUGGGAGGAGGAUAACUCUAAAUCCAAUCCAUUUGAAAGUCGUUAUGCUCGUAUUACACAGGCUGCAGUUCAUCUACAACUCACUGAGCUUGAAGCUCACAAACUUCAGGCUGGGUCCAACAUCUCCUUGCACACCAAUAUAUCUUCCAGCAGGACUAAUCACUACCGGCAUGGAUCUGCAAGACCAACACGCCUAAAAAUGGAUAUCAUCAAUGUGUCUCUCCACCCCACGGACAAGCAGAAGAGUAACAUGCAGAUGUGCAUCACUACCCUGCAAUGUCGUCUGGAUGCCUGGGCUCAUAUUCAAGAGUUGUACAUGCCUGUCAUGUCCCAACUGCGUCAUCGAGCAUCUGACACUAGUACGUCAAAUACAGUGGAGCUAAAGCCUAAAGCCUUCAAGCUGUGGCUCCCAUUGGAACUCCAACCAAUGACAGUGUGUGACGAUAGGCUAGCAGUGCACAAAUGGGAGUUGCGACACGCACAAGCACUAGAUGCACUCACCGAACUCCGUUCAUAUCUGCGCCUUCGGUCGCAUAUGUAUAUUUACAAGGAUAGAAAUGUGCGCGGCCAAGCGGCUUCUACACGCACACAGGCCAUCAUCGACGGUGUGGAACUGAGGAAGUGGGUUAGCAUUGAGAAGUACCGAUGUGCAUGCAACGCACUGUUAGCUCUCAGCCGUCGACUCCACAAGUCUGGCUGGGAAAUUUGCCUCCCACCGCUCUUGGAUUUGGAUGUCAGGCCAAUGGGUGACAUGGAGAGGCAGGGUACUGGGACCAUCUCAUGGAUCUGGUUAGACUCACAUGCAGACAACAGCAGCUCAGAGAAUGAGCAAGUUCAGGACUGUGAGUUCAUGAGGCACAGUUUAUAUGAUGCUAACUACAAGGUCAUAGGUGUUCGCGUGGAGUGGUGUAAAGCACGUGCACGCAUGAACUGCUGGUCAGAAGAAGUCAAGCUCCUACUAGAGGAGAUGCAGAGAGUCAUAGUGUUCUUGAAGUGGCAGGCGGAGUGGUGGAGUGGGCGGGCUAGUUCUCGAGCCCUCAAGCCGGCUGAUGAGGAAGGAGUAGUUGCAUAUGCAUGUCGUCAGGCUGUGCUGCGUCUCUCACUUGUGGCCUCCUUUCAGGACCUGUGGAGAGACAUACCGGUUCUUGCAAGUGCCGCAUUCAACAUGCCAGAUGACAGUGAAGAUGUCACACCUACCAUUGAUGAACAGCCCCAGUUGUAG